AACUGCAGUAACGCGAUCAGUUUCAGUAGUGCGCCGGAGAUGGAGCGAACGUGUCUACUUGUUUGUGUGCUGGUGUGUGCAGUAGCCGACGUUUUAGGGCAAGUAGCCACCAUGUGCCGGCCCAACGAGCGAUUCCUCUCCUGCGGCGGCUGCCAAAAGACAUGUGCGGAACCGGCGCCGGCGUGCGCGGCGGUUUGCCGGACCGGAUGUUACUGCGAGGACGAUCAUGUCCGGAACAGUACCGGACAUUGUGUGAAGCUGUCUGAGUGUCCGGCAGCAUCUGCAGCCCUUAAGCAAGACACCACAGAACCCCGCCAAGACUGCCCCGCCAACGAAGAGUACCGCUUCUGCGAGCCCUGCAACAAAACUUGUGACAACCCUAACCCCAUGUGCCCCGCGCAGUGCUCUAGAGGAUGCUUCUGUAAGGGAGACUUGCUGAAGGACAGAGAUGGCAGCUGUGUGGCGUAUGAGAAAUGCUCCAAUUUUAAGAAUGAGACGUGUAAGAGUUAAACUUGUGACAACCCUCACCCCAUGUGCCCCGCGCAGUGCUCUAGAGGAUGCUUCUGUAAGGGAGACUUGGUGAGGGACAGAGAUGGCAGCUGUGUGGCGUAUGAGAAAUGCUCCAAUUUUAAGAAUGAGACGUCAAACUAUAUCAAGCCCUACAAGUUGACCUGCGCUCCUGGCCAGGUCUACAAAGAGUGCCAGCCCUGCGAGAAGACCUGCUCCAACCCCAACCCCAUCUGCCCUGCCCAGUGUAACCGAGGGUGCUUCUGUGAAGACGGACUGGUGAAGAGCCCCAACGGACAGUGUGUGAAGAUGGAAGACUGCCCGAAAGGUCGGUAUUGGGGGUUCAAAUACGGGCUAGAUAAUACAUGCUCUAGAGGAUGCUUCUGUAAGGGAGACUUGGUGCGGGACAGAGAUGGCAGCUGUGUGGCGUAUGAGAAAUGCUCCAAGCUUAAGAAUGAGACGUUCCUGUGUGGUAUAAUAAGCUUUAGAAAUGAUUUUACGCUUUACAUAAUUCUUAAAUUUACUUGCUUACUGACUCGGUGUGGGACAGAGAUGGCAGCUGUGUGGCGUAUGAGAAAUGCUCCAAGUUUAAGAAUGAGACGUGUAAGUAACAAAACUUGUGACAACCCUAACCCCAUGUGCCCCGCGCAGUGCUCUAGAGGAUGCUUCUGUAAGGGAGACUUGGUGAGGGACAGAGAUGGCAGCUGUGUGGCGUAUGAUAAAUGCUCCAAGCUUAAGAAUGAGACGUUAACGACAUGGCCUUUUUCAGCAAACUAUAUCAAGCCCUACGAGUUGACCUGCGCUCCUGGCCAGGUCUACAAAGAGUGCCAGCCCUGCGAGAAGACCUGCUCCAACCCCAACCCCAUCUGCCCCGCCCAGUGUAACCGAGGGUGCUUCUGUGAAGACGGACUGGUGAAGAGCCCCAACGGACAGUGUGUGAAGAUGGAAGACUGCCCGAAAGCCGAGGUGUCGUUCGGAAACGAUCCCGCCAUCGAAGACUGCGCUCCGGACGAGGAGUUCCUGGCUUGCGGCUGGUGCGAGCCGAGCUGCUGGGCGCGCUCCCCCGUUUGUCCAGGCGUGUGCACGCGCGGUUGCCUCUGCCGGCCUCCCCUACUCCGACAUUACAGCGGACACUGCGUGCAACAGAGGGAUUGCGAACCACAGACUUGCACGAACCCCAAUGAAGAAUACGUCUGCCGCUACGGUUGUGAGGUCGUCUGCGGAGGCCCGAACACCUGUCCGGACCGUCCGCGGCGUUGCCAGCUCGGCUGCCAUUGCAAGAUUGGUUUCCUGAGAGACACCGCUACUGGCUGCUGUGUCACCCCUGCAGAGUGCAAAAACGUAACGAAGGCUUCUGUCCCGGGUUCGAAGCAGAGUGCGGUGCGGAUAUUCAGAGUGCGGGUCACACCCAAUCCGCCGAACCUACUCAGCGAAGUCAAAUCUACCGUUCCUGAGAAUUAAAGGCCGAAGCACACAGCAUGCUUAUCGGCCUCUCCAAUUUACCAUUACCGAUACAUUGCC